AUGUUCAAUGCUCAAAUGAAAGAUGUUGCCAUCACAAUGCCAAUCAUUGAUGCAUUUUUGCUUAACCCAUCAUACAAUAAGUUCCUCAAAGAUGCAGUUAUGGAAAAGAAGAAAGCUCUUCAAGGAAUGGUGAUUUUAACCCAUGAAUGUAGUGCUAUCAUUCAAAACAAGGUAGUAGCAAAGAAGCUUGAAGAUUCUGGUAGCUUCACUCUCCCUUGCACAUUGGGACCUUUAUCUUUUAGCCACUGUUUAUGUGACCUUGGGUCUUGUGUGAGCUUGAUGCCUCUCUCAGUUGCCAAAAGACUGGGUUUCACUCACUACAAGAAGUGUAUGAUCACUCUUGUUCUUGCAGAUAGGUCAGUUAGAACACCAGUAGGAGUGCUUGAAGACUUACCAGUGAUGAUUGGCCAUUUUGAGAUCCCAACCGAUUUUGUUGUGCUUGAAAUGGAUGAAGAACCAAAGGAUCCACUCAUCUUGGGGAGACCAUUUUUAAGAACUGCAGGAACAAUGAUUGAUGUGAAGAGUGGGAAAAUUCAAUUGAAUUUGGGAAAGGAAGCCUUGACUUUUGACAUUAACAAAGUGAUGAGGAAGCCUACAAUUGAUGGUCAAGUUUUCUACAUUGAGAGAAUGGAUGCUUUAGCUGAUGAGACUUUGGAGGAAUUAGCAAUAGAAGAUGAGCUCCAAAGCACUUUGACAGUUAAACAAGGAGAGUUUGGUUUACUAAAGGAAGAUAGUGAAGGGUAUGAAAAGAUUAUUGACUCUCACAAGCCGUUUAGUGAGGAUGGAAGCUUCCUUUAG